GAGGUGUUGUUGCUUGAAACCGCACCGCUGGUAGGAAGUUGACUACAGCCUGUGGCCUAUCCUGCAUCACCCUAAGACCUCCAACGUUCAAUUGUUAAAAGCAAGGAAUUAGGACUUUGCUUGUUGCGUUGCAGGAGUGGAUCUAACUUAGACACCUUCCCUAACGUUAAGCUCUCGAGCAAAGUCGCCUUUUUUCUAUAAGGAAGCGUUAGGGCUGAAUGGCGACUGCUCGGCAGCGCCUGCUCAAGGAGUACAAAGAGGCCCUUAAAGCCAAACCGGAGGAUACGGGCAUUACCUUGAUACCCAACGAAACCAACUUGUUCGCGUGGAGAGCAGUACUGCGUGGCCCCAAGGACACGCCCUUUGAAGGCGGCAACUUUGAACUAGUCAUCAACGUUCCAGAGCAGUACCCACUUCAGCCUCCCGCCGUUCGCUACCGCACGCGCAUCUUUCAUCCCAACGUGCAUUUCAAGACUGGAGAGAUCUGCCUAGACAUCCUCAAGUCCGCCUGGAGCCCUGCUUGGACGCUGCACUCGGUGUGCCAGGCGGUGCUGGCGCUCAUGAGUGAUCCCGCACCGGACAGCCCACUCAACUGCGAUGCAGGCAAUCUGCUGCGAUUCGGUGACACGCGCGGCUACAACUCCCUGGCGCGCAUGUACACCCUGGACUUCGCGCUCGCCAAGAUUGCUGGCGUUGCGGGGAGAUGAGGCGUGAGGUGUCCUUCGGUAGGGUACGGCGGUCGGUGUGCGGUGCGACAGGGUACGGAUAGCGUCCUAGGGAAUGAUAGGGGGAGAGGCAUUUCCCGCCACAUGCCUCUCUUGUAGGCACGGCGAGCUGGAUGGCGCACAGCAGCGGCAACUUGCGAAGGAGUGAGGCUUUGGUAGCGAGAUGUUGCAAGGGUAGGCUAACUGAAAUAACGUUGUUCGUAUCGGCAAAGUGGUGCCUGCGGGUACUGAAGGGAGGGGACGAGGCGGACUGCAUACCGGUAGAGUGUAGGGUAUAUCGCUAAGCUGCCAUGGCGCUAAUGGAGGUGUGUAUCUUCAAACAUAUGUGGCUUCCUGCUGUUGUCGAGCAGCAGGGGCUCUAUGAGAGGAGGGUGUGAGGAGGAGGUGUGUUUGCUGGAGGGCAGUCAGGGCAGGGAUUACUGCAGGUUGGGGGAGGGUGUGUACUGCAGGAUAACUUAUUGAAUGACCGUUGGUUCCCUAAGAAUAGCUGUGCCGUACGGGCAGGCGGGGAUCGCGCUCAGGUUGGGAUGGGGCACGUGAGGUCUUGUCAGGCUGCAGUUUGGGGGACUUGCUAGCGGUGUCCACGCUUUGUAACCACGCCGCUAUGUUUUGAUUAUUGCUACAUGAAUGGUUUUGCCAUCUGCCUGCCUGGCCGCUCCGCCUGCUCCGCGGCGCUUAUCGAGGUGUACGCGGGUGUUGAGGGGGGCAUUGAGAGGCAUACUAGCCCGCAUGGAAACUGCCUAGCUAGCUACGAAAAGGAGUAGUAAAGGACACACCCUUUUAGCGCACAUCCCUGUCUUCACCACUUCACGAACACUCAGCCGGCAUGGUCCCAUAACUCCGAUGGUUCAGUACGGCAUCGUACGACGCAACCUAC